CAGCCUCUCGCUCGCCUUCUCUGAGAUGAGACCUUUCAAUUUGAUACUCACUCGUGCUCGCUCUUUUUGAAUUUUCUUCUCUUUUUCUUCUGGUUAUUUUCUUUCCCGUUUUCUCGAGCUUUCCCACCAGCCAAACAACACAGACAAACCUCCUCGGCUUCUUCUGCAGAGCCAAAUGGCGUCAGAAACAGCCUCCGCAGAAGAAGACAAAACUUGGGAGGAGGUCCUCCGGAGGAUGCUACCAGCUGGUGCACCCCUACCUGACGAAGAGCAUCUCGAUUAUUCAAUUGCGGUGGAAUACGAGGGCCCUCCUGUUCCUUAUGAGGUUCCCAGGGUUGAUCCGUUGGAUAUUGCGUCGGCUCCGGCUCGUGCUGAUUCUGUGGCUUCGGUUUCCGACAGCACUUCGAUUCCGGUGGCCAUGCCGAUAAAUCAGAGGUUCUCCAGGUUUAAUCGCUUCAGGAACGGUACUCCUAGUAAAGAGUCGCGUAGUCCGGUGGAUAGUCAAAGGUCAUCUUCGGUUUCGGGAACACAAUUGGAUUUGCGGAACGGUGAGGGUGAGGAUAAUUCGGAUUCCGGAGGUGGAAUUACCGAGGAUGCGGUUAGUUCUGUGUCGUCUCCACGAGCUCCGAAUUCAGCUCCUCAAGCUGAUGGGCUGAUUGAAGUGAAGCGCCCUACUAUUGUGACAUUUAACACGCCCAAGGAUUCGGAGAACGAAGAGGAUGAUGGGUGUUCGUCGCCACGUUCCGUGGCUACCGAGCCAGUGGGAUCCCCGGUUGCGGCUCGAAAUUCGCAGGUCGGGCCGAAAAAGAAAUGGAUUUGCAGCAGAUGUGGAAAAGGGAAUCGGCUGAAGGAAAAGGAAGCGUGUUUGGUGUGUGAUAAAAGGUAUUGUAGUAAUUGUGUGCUUAAGGCAAUGGGCUCGAUGCCAGAGGGUCGUAAGUGCGUGAGCUGCAUUGGGCAGCCUAUAGACGAGUCAAAGAGGUCGAGUUUGGGUAAGUGCUCGAGGAUGUUGUCGAGAGUUUGUAGUCCAUUGGAGAUUAAGCAGAUAAUGAAGGCGGAAAGGGAAUGCGCGGCCAAUCAACUUCGACCUGAGCAGCUUAUCGUUAAUGGAAGGCAGUUGAGGCAAGAAGAAUUGGCGGAGAUUUUGGGUUGUCCGAUUCCUCCUCAGAAGCUAAAGCCUGGGAGGUAUUGGUAUGAUAAGGAUUCCGGACUUUGGGGGAAGGAGGGAGAGAAGCCGGAUAAGAUAAUAAGUUCAAAACUAAAUAUUGGAGGUAAGCUCCAGAUGGAUGCUAGCAAAGGAAAUACUGGAGUUUUUAUGAAUGGUCGUGAAAUAACAAAAAUUGAGCUUAGGAUGUUGAAGAUGGCAAAUGUACAGUGUCCUCGAGACACUCAUUUCUGGGUUUAUGAUGAUGGUUCUUAUGAGGAAGAAGGUCAAAAUAAUAUUAAGGGGAACAUCUGGGGAAAGGCAUCUACUCGUUUCCUUUCUUCAUUAUUCUCAUUGCCGGUACCGCCAAAUAAUUUUCAUGGGUUGAAUGAGAAUCCAACUAACUAUUCAACAAGGUCUGUGCCUGAGUAUUUGGAUCAAGGAAGAGUCCAGAAACUUUUGUUAUUUGGCAUGGAAGGAUCAGGAACAUCCACUCUCUUUAAGCAGGCCAAGUUUUUAUAUAGCAGUGGCUUUGGUGAAGAAGAGCUGCAAAACAUCAAGCACAUGAUACAAAGUAAUAUGUACAAGUAUCUCAGCAUUCUCCUUGAAGGACAAGAACAAUUCGAAGAGGAGGCUUUGGCAGAAAAAGAAUCUACUUUAGAUGUUGAGGGUUCUGGGCCAGCAGAGACAGUAGCUGUUGAAAAUAAGAGGUGCAUUUACUCAAUCAGCCCGAGAUUUAAGCAUUUCUCUGACUGGUUGUUGGAUAUCAUGGCAACUGGGGAUUUGGAAGCUUUCUUCCCUGCUGCUACACGUGAAUAUGCUCCUAUGGUAGAUGAGAUCUGGAGAGACUCUGCAAUUCAGGAGACAUACAAGAGAAGAGAGGAAUUGCAUAACCUUCCUGAUGUAGCUAAGUAUUUCUUGGAUCGGGCAAUAGAAAUAUCGAGCAAUGAGUAUGAACCUUCUGAUAGGGAUAUAUUAUAUGCCGAAGGAGUCACUCCAAGCAACGGCCUUGCCUUCAUGGAAUUCUCUUUUGAUGAUAGAAGUCCCAUGUCUGAAACAUACAGUGAAAACUUAAAUUGUCCUCCCUUCACCAGGUAUCAACUGAUUCGAGUUCCUUCAAAGGGCCUACGAGAUGGUUGCAAAUGGCUGGAUAUGUUCGAAGAUGUGCGGGCAGUGAUAUUCUGUGUUGCACUGAGUGAUUAUGACCAAAUGUGGACCAACAGUUCUGGCCAUCUUUGCAACAAAAUGCUGGCAAGCCGAGAUCUUUUCGAGAGUCUGGUGAGGAAUCCUUGUUUUAAAGAUACCCCUUUCGUGCUUCUGCUCAAUAAGUAUGAUGUCUUAGAGGAAAAGAUAAACAAAGUUCCUUUAUCAACAUGUGAGUGGUUUCAAGACUUCUGUCCUGUAAGACCCCAUCACAAUAAUCAUGCCCUGGCACACCAAGCAUUUUACUACGUGGCGGUGAGAUUCAAGGAGCUAUAUUCAGCCAUAACUGGCCAGAAGUUGUUCGUGUGGCAUACGCGAGCUUGGGAGCAUGCCUCAGUUGAUGAAGCCUUCAAAUAUGUAAGAGAGGUCGUCAAAUGGAAUGAACAGAAGGAUGACGACAUAUUCGAAAUCAAUGCGGACGAAUCAUUUUUCAGUACGGAAGUGAGUUCAUCUCCGCUCAUGAGACAAGAAUGAGUUUGCUAGGUAGUUAGCUCUCAUAGACAAACGAUCUGAAAGAUCAAAUUAUAGCGGAGAAUCUCACAGCUCCGGAGGAUUUGACAAGAGCAUUGCAUUUUGGUAAGGGUAAGGGAGGUCAGUUUGACUGGGCUAUGUCCGAUAUAUGUUUUGGUUUGAUCUUCAAGGAUCUUCCUGAGAUGGGGUGGUUCAGAAUGAUUGUUUUUUCCCAUCAUCAAUGAGAUAAUCUGCUGGGGAAGGUUUUGGUUUGGGGUUGAUUUGUUAUCUGUACAGCACAUACGUUGGUGAUAUUGUUCCGGCUUAAAAUUGGGAGGGGGGGUUUGGUGGGCAAGAAAGCUGUAAUUUUUUCCUUGGUUCCGUACAGCGGCGUUAGUUUUCCUUGCUAA